AUAAAUAGACGCCUCCAUUUCUCAUAAUCCUCGCAAACAUAAACCUGAUUCACAUAUAACUCCAUUUCUUGUUCCUUUCAGAUCGAAAAUGUUUCACGUAGAGAUCUCCGCUUCGAUUCUCUUGUCCAUAAUUAUUCCCUUUUUGUUCUUGAUCUUGGCAAACUUGAAAUCCAGCUCCAAAAAUUUCUCUUCUUCCUCUAAUGCAACAAAUCUUCCGAAAUCGUACCCUAUUUUCGGUUCAAUUUUCACAAUCUUGAAAAACAAGGAUAGGCGCGUCCAGUGGACAUCGGAAAUGGUAUUAUGUACACCCAACCUCACGUACACUCUCUACCGCCCUUUUGGCUACCGGCAAAUGUUCACGGCCAACGCAGCCAAUGUCCAAUAUAUGCUCAAAACCCACUUCUCUAACUACCGCAAAGGAGAUGUUUUUCGAAAAACCUUGAAAGAUUUUCUUGGCGAUGGCAUAUUCAAUGCUGAUGGUGACAAUUGGAAAUUUCAACGACAAGUUUCGAGCCAUGAAUUUAACACCAGGUCUCUGCGUAAUUUCGUGGAAACUGUAGUUGAUUCUGAACUAUCCGAUCGCCUAAUCCCGGUUCUCAAAAAUGCUGCAGCUAACAAAAUUGUGCUUGAUUUUCAAGAUAUACUCCAAAGAUUUGCCUUUGACAACGUUUGCAAUAUUGCUUUCGGAUAUGAUCCUGCAUAUUUGUUGCCAUCUCUUCCGCAGGAAAGGUUUGCUGUUGCUUUUGGAAGUGCUGUUGCACUCAUCAGUGAAAGAUUCAACUCAAAUAUCCCUUUUAUAUGGAAAAUCAAAAGGGCUCUCAACAUAGGAUCUGAAAAGCAGUUGAAGCUUGUUGUAAACGAAGUACGCGAAUUUGCAAAAUCAAUAAUCAAAGAGAAAAAACAAGAACUUCAAGAAAAAACCUCCAAAGAAUCUGUUGAUCUUCUGUCCAGAUUCUUGAGUUCUGGCCAUUCUGAUGAAGAUUUUGUCACUGAUAUAGUGAUAAGUUUUAUACUAGCUGGCCGUGACACUACUUCUGCUGCAUUAACAUGGUUUUUCUGGUUGCUUUACAAUAAUCCAGAAGUGGAAAAUGAGAUUCUGAAAGAGAUUAAAGAGACGUCAGAAGGGACAGUUUAUGAGGAAGUGAAGGAUAUGAUUUAUAUUCAUGCUUCGCUUUGCGAAAGCAUGAGAUUAUAUCCACCAGUUCCCGUGGACACAAAAUCAGCAGCGAAUCAUGAUAUUUUACCAGAUGGGACUGUGGUGAAAAAGGGUACGAGAAUAAGCUAUCAUCCCUUCGCAAUGGGGAGGGUUGAGAAAGUGUGGGGGCCUGACUGGGAGGAGUUCCGCCCUGAAAGGUGGCUAGAGGCGGCAAAGGAUGAAGCUGGAAAGUGGAGGUUCGUGGGCAAGGAUAGCUUCACAUACCCAGUGUUUCAGGCUGGGCCUAGAAUAUGUUUGGGGAAGGACAUGGCUUUAUUGCAAAUGAAGAGGAUUGUUGGAGGUGUCUUGCGGCGUUUCAGGGUGGUCCCGGUGGUGGAGAAAGGCUAUGAGCCGAUAUAUAUAUCAGACUUCACAUCAAAAAUGAAGGGCGGUUUUCCUGUGAGAAUUGAAGAGAGGGAGGUUGAUCUUCUCCAACACUAGUUGUUGGAUUAUUUCAAAUGAAUUCGAGCAUAUUUGGCUUUGCUUCUUUUGUAGAAGAAGCCGCGUAUUUCAAGAGUCUUGCGGAAAUAAGUCGACAAAGAAGCAAAAAAUGCCAAAAGUGUGAUGUAUUGAAGUUAAACCAAACAUGCUACAAGUGUGAUGUUUUCUUGUCUGUAUUUUGAUUUAUCCAUAUGAAUUUCCAUAUUUAUAAGUUGCAAGUUAAUUAUAAGAUAA